UUUAUUCCCCUCGUUCCUUCCCUCCUCUUCCUCCUCCUCCUCCUCCUCCUCUUUGCUGUCUGUAUUUCUGUCUCUUUUCUCUCUGGGGUGUCCUUGCUGUUUUUGUAAACAUAAUUGAAGAGUUUUUUUUAACCUCCCCCCUUGUAAAAUGAGCUUAUUAAUGUUGUCCUCAGUAUCAUUUCUGUUUGCCUUGUCAAAUUCAUUUCUUUUCCUCUGUGUCCAUUUAAUUGAACCCAUUUAAAAAAAACCACAUAAUUAGCAUUUAAAUCUCUUUCCUACAGUCUCUUUGCCCUCCCUACAUCACUCUCUCUCCUCUCUCUUACUCUAGCAGACUCUACAUGUCUCAGUCGCUAAGGCAACCGAUGCUUUUUUUCUCACUUGCUCUCUGUAUCUCCCCCCUUUCUCUCUGUCUCCCUCUCUCAUUCCCUCUCUCCACUGCCAGAGAGGGAGAUGAUCGGAGGAGCGGAGUCUCAGUGAACAGAGCGAAGCGAUGGAGAGAUGCUCCAUCUCUCCUGUCGCACGACUGACUGCCCUCGUCUCCCUCCUCCUUGUUGCUCUGGUGACACAGCCCUCCACCUGUAACCGUGACGACAGCGAGGGCGAGGAGCAGGUGGACGCCCUGUCGGUCCAGCUGUCCGUCACGGCCCAGGUCACGCCCACCCCGCUUUGGGCGGUGGUCUGGGGUCCCACGCAGCCGCUGGAGGACGAGACCUACCACUUCCUCUCCAGCCAGGAAACUGACCCCUUGCACCAGCAUGGGCACCAGCAGGAGGCCAGCACCGCCACGUCCGAGGACUGGCCUUACCCCGAUGCAAGCAUGCACCCCCAAGAGAAGACGCCACUGGAGUCCAGGGAGCAGGAAGGAGUGGAGGAUGGAGGGACGGAGGCGGAGGAAACAGAGCCUGAGGAAGUGGACCCUCAGUUCUACGUCACCGUGACCAUCUCCUCGCUGCUCAUCCUGACGGCAGUCGUCAUUAUAGCCAAACUCUGUUACGAUCGCAGCUGUUCCCAGCAUCCACCCCCGCUUUCCCGUGGCGUGGCACCCCCCCUCUCCCUCGCGCUCCCUCGUUCCCUCGCUUCGGAGGAUAGCCGGCAGACGUUGCACAGCACCUCCUCCUCCUUCACCGACAGGGAGAGGAUCCCAGUUGUGAACCUCUGAGGUGACUGUUUUUCCAUAUGGUAAACAUUUCUACGGUGGCCUGAGGAGGAACAUCAACACGACCAGAGGAUGUGCCCGCAGUGCUGUUUUAUUUUCUCUGAAACUGUGAAAUGAAUUCAGGGAUCCCAGGUAUCCAGCCGUCACAAAACUCCUUGGCUUCCCUGAGGUCUAAAAAACCCAAACUCAUCUCCCUGCUGCUCCCUUCUUCCUCCUUUCCUUCCUUCCUUCCUCUGUGCUGGGUGUAAAUUUCUUUUAUGUGGCUCUGCGUCACCGUAACCUGCUCCCUGUUUUUCUAUCCUCUGUAUGGCCCUGAGCUCUGCAAAGCUACCCAACCGCUUUGCGCUUCGACCUGCCAUGACUAAUUCACAAACAAGCAGUUUAACAGCCAUGCAACAUCCCAUUACCCCUGAAAUGCCCUACCUGUGCUUCCACAACUGUUUCCAGUGAUUCAGCUGCACACGUGAAGCUGUUCAGUAUUAAUUCUAAUCCAGCAGACUGUUCUUUCAUGAAAUGACUCUCAAAUUCAGCUCAGUUUAGCAGGCUUGUAUCUGGCUUGUAAAUGGUUAAAAAGCCAUUCUCAGCAUCUCCAAACACCGAACGGGGUAUUUCACAAAGCUGUUUGGCACGGCUGUAGCCAACAGGCAAUGUGUUUAACAUGUCACGCUCCAAAAACUGCUGUUUAUUCCCCGCUUUGGGCGCCUGGAAUGCAAAUAGUGUGGCUUUUUUCUUCCGCAGUGUGUAGAAGAGUCUGUUUUGUUUCAGUUUUUCCUCAUGAUUUGUUCUCUUAAUUAUCUGGCUGACGUUCACCUCUUUGUCGAGCCUUUGCGAGCACCCUUUGUUCCUGCUGGACCGUGUAGAGGUGUAUUAAGCAUGGAGUACUUCCAUUGGUAGAGAUAAAAUAUUCAGGGUGGGAAACGGAUAGAGGAGGCAUUCCUGUUGAAAAUCAAUGAUUCCCAAAGGUUUUUUGGAGGGUGCAUAACAAAGACAGAUUUGUGUCUUCAUGGAAAUGAGGAGGGAACAAGUGAUCAAAGGACCGAUACUACCACAAUAAGGAAUUUCUUCACCUGACAGCCAAGUAUCACAAAUGUGGUAAACAAAAACCAACCCACCAUCAUUUACCUUCAUAUCAUUAUCGAGUCACUGUAUAUCAGCUGUCUUGGGUGCACCAAAGGAAAGUAGUACAUCAAGGAGCAUCACUUCUGUCUCUCCAAUGAAUCUGCAUGUAUACAGUAAAGAAAACCUGUGAGAGUUGCUUCAAAUCUAUUAUUUAUAAAUGUCUAUUUUAUCUAUCAGUGAGAGAUGUCUUAUAGAACCUUUCAAAGCCAAAUGUCAGUUUGUGUUUGGCAACUUUUCUAAGCAGCUUUGAGACAUGAAUCCCCCACUUACACACAUUUCCACUACAGACAUAGUGCUGGUGGUAUCAUGCGUGGCUCGUGCAAUCCUCCAGAUAUCCAGUCUUGUGAUUUUUAGUAGCAUUCCUGUAGAAAUGUGGUCUUUUCUGUACCAUGGAAGUUCAAUAAAGACUCAACACUGGCGUUUUA